GGAGUGCUAAUGAUAGUCAGCCAUAUUUGAAUUUAAAAUGCCUACUUAAUGAACUUGGCUUGAUAAACUAACUGACAAACCUGGAAUCCACACAGUCGGCUGUUGUGGACUUCAGAAGACGAAGAAGACACUGGGGCGUAGCUGUUUUUGUCACACUCUUUCAUCCUCCUGUCAGGCAGCUCUCUCUGGCAGUUUCAUUCAUUCGCCUGGCCGUCCUCCUCCUCCUCACCCCCUGUGAAAUCCGACCUUCACAACAAACUUUUCACAUUCCACAUGAUCCCACCUGGCACUUUCCCUGUGGCUUCAGCAGUAGCUUUGACCUUGGACCUAUUUUGCCCUGCAACACACCAGUCAAACUCUGAGCUGCCAGAUAGGUGGGCAGACACUAUGCGAACUGCUCACCCCACCAGCCACACAUCGGGUAUUUCAGCCCAGGUGAUUUUCAGCAUCCAGACAAACGGGUGUGUUAGGACGCGCUCCACUUAUCGUCACUGGGCAGCCCAUGCACACGCACGACACCAUGGGAAGCUCCCCUGAGGUGCUGUCGUGGACUUCCUGCCCCAGUUUGCUGGUGGGCAAGCUGAAGGAAGAGCUCAAACUCACUGUGGUUGGUGACGCCAUGAAGAAAUCAAACUCGCCCACCUCCCAACCCCAGCCUCCACAGGCCCUUCCCGGUAAUUUACCACCUCAGAUUAUCACAGACCUGGCCCCGCCGACACACUUGCCCGUCCCCCUGCAGACGCUGCAGACGCCCGGCCAGGACGAGGACUCAGUGCUGGGGGGUGUAAGCCCCCAAAACAUAGCACUGAGUGUGGACUCUACACGGAGCGAGGGCGGGCACUUUGACAACAGCGUGCUCCAGCUGCAAGAGCAUGAACACGAGGAAGCUGUGUCGCCGGCGUCCUGUGAGCACGGGUGUGGCAGUGGGAUGGAGGAGCAGAUGGGAGAGGGGGACUGUCCCAUGGACCACAGUGGAGAGGGGAGACAGAGCCACCCACAUCACCCUGAUGACAUUAAGCUGCACUUUCAUAGAGCGGGGCCCGGGUCGGGGGGCUUCUUAGAAGGGCUGUUCGGCUGUCUUCGGCCGGUCUGGAACAUCAUAGGGAAGACAUACUCGACCGAAUACAAGCUACAACAGCAAGACAUGUGGGAGGUUCCAUUUGAGGAGAUUUCGGAGCUACAGUGGCUGGGCAGCGGUGCGCAGGGAGCUGUCUUCCUGGGCAAAUUCCGCUCAGAGGAGGUGGCCAUCAAGAAGGUGCGCGAGCAGAAGGAGACCGACAUUAAACCCCUGCGAAAACUCAAGCAUCCCAACAUCAUCAGCUUCAAGGGCGUGUGCACUCAGGCACCGUGCUACUGCAUCAUCAUGGAGUACUGUGCCCAGGGCCAGCUGUACGAGGUGCUGAGGGCCGGAAGGAAAGUGACCCCCAGGCUGCUGGUGGACUGGGCCUCAGGCAUCGCCAGCGGCAUGAACUACCUCCACCUGCACAAGAUCAUCCACAGAGAUCUCAAGUCGCCCAAUGUUUUGGUCACCCACAACGACACUGUGAAAAUCUCUGACUUUGGAACGUCCAAAGAGCUCAGCGACAAAAGUACAAAGAUGUCAUUUGCAGGUACGGUGGCCUGGAUGGCCCCAGAAGUGAUCAGAAACGAGCCUGUGUCUGAGAAGGUCGACAUUUGGUCAUUUGGUGUUGUGUUGUGGGAACUGCUGACUGGGGAGAUUCCCUACAAAGAUGUAGACUCCUCUGCCAUCAUCUGGGGUGUCGGCAGCAACAGUCUUCACCUCCCCGUCCCCUCCACCUGCCCAGAUGGCUUCAAAAUCCUCAUGAAACAAACAUGGCAAAGCAAGCCCAGAAAUAGGCCUUCGUUCCGUCAGAUUCUCCUUCACCUCGACAUUGCCUCUGCUGACAUCCUUGGAGCCCCUCAGGAGACCUACUUCAAGUCUCAGUCAGAAUGGAGGGAGGAAGUGAAGAAACAUUUCGAGAAGAUCAAAAGUGAAGGCACCUGCAUCCACAGGCUGGACGAGGAGCUGAUCCGGCGCAGGAGGGAUGAACUCAGGCAUGCACUUGACAUCCGGGAGCAUUAUGAGAGGAAACUGGAGAGAGCCAACAAUCUUUACAUGGAGCUCAGUGCCAUCAUGCUGCAGCUGGAGGUCCGGGAGAAGGAACUUAUGAAGAGAGAGCAGGCAGUGGAGAAGAAAUAUCCUGGGACCUAUAAGCGGCAUUUGGUGCGACCCAUCGUCAGGUCCAACGCUGUAGAGAACCUCAUCAAGAAGAAAGGAAGCAUUUCCCACAAACCUGGGGUGCCCCCCACCAGAAGGCCAGACUUGCUUCGCUCUGAAGGCAUCCCCAGUGUUGACCCUCUACCCUCCCCCUCGCCACUCUCUGCCAGCCGGAAGGUCUCCACCCCUCCCGGUAAAGCCCGCUACCGGAGCAAGCCUCGCCACCGCCGCGCCAACAGCAAGGGAAGCCACAGUGAGUUCCCCGGUGUGCUGAGGCCAGUUGCUGGUGCUCCAGAAGACACCCAGUCUCUCCAGGAGCAGCCGUUCCACCAUCACCACCACCACCACCCACCAAAUAAGGGGCCCUUCCUUCCCUUGAAGGGCCGCGUGGAGGCUGUUGUCAACUGUGCCAACAACCUGCGAUACUUCGGCCCCGCCGCUGCCCUCCGAAGCCCUCAGACGGACCACCUGCAGCGCCAUGUUGCCGGUUCCAGCCCCGACCUCAUUUCCACUGCUGUGGAUGCAGACACGCGGCAGCGGACUUCGUCCACCAGCUCCAAUCUUGUCCCGGGUGCUACCGCUGGUUCUUUGUGCCCCUACUGCCAGGCACACCCCUUCCCUGGCUGCAUACACUGUCAGGAGACCCCGCCGGCAUCCAACAACCUAGAGCUACCCAACUACUCACUGCCUGGCAUCCAAGAAGCGGCCCAGUCUUCUUCAGGGCCACCCGGCAAGGAUCCAGCCUCAGAUGGAGAGGCCGCAACGAAGAAUGAGCCACAGGAACAGGAGGCAUCCCAACACACACACACCUUGCCCACUGUAAUGCCACACACUCUCCGACCACUCAGGAAGGGUGGAGAUGAGUCAUCUGAAGAGGAAGAGGGAGAGGUGGAUAGUGAAGUGGAGUUCCCAAGGAGACAGAGACCUCAUCGCUGCAUGAGCAGCUUCCAGUCCUACUCCACCUUCAGCUCCGAGAACCUGUCCGUGUCCGAUGGAGAGGAGGGAAAUACCAGCGACCACUCACACAGCGGACCUCUGGAGAGGCUGAGCGCCAGUCAGGAGGAGCACCUGGACGAGCUGCUGUCGCACACGCCAGACAUCCCCAUCGACAUCUCCACCCAGUCAGAUGGCCUCUCUGACAAGGAGUGCGCUGUCCGCAGGGUCAAGACCCAGAUCUCCUUGGGAAAACUUUGCUCCGAUGAGCACAGCUAUGAGAAUCCGCUACAGUUCGGAGACUCGGACUGCGACACGUCUGAGGCAGAGUGCUCCGAUGCCACCAUUAGGAACAACAAAGUCGGCGCUCCGUCCUCGUGGUGAAACUCGCCACAGGGCUCAGUUCAGUUUUUUGCCUGGAGGCCAUUGUGUCCCACUCUGCCCUGAAGAACACACAGCAAUAAGAGGAUAACAUUGUAAACAUAGCUCCCUAUAGCAAAGCCCCAUGCAAUCUCUCCCAGAGCCUCCCCAAACCUUUCCCUUCAUCAGCCCCAUCCCCCCACCCCUCCCCAUUUAUCUCUAGCACAGCAUCCAGGCAACCCAUGGCAGGGAUUCCCCCUUUGAAUGAUAAUGUACAGUAGAUAGUCUAACAUUCAUAAUUUAUUUUUGUCUUAGUUUUGAAGGAAAAUUCAGUACCUCUGUAUGUUCUCUGAUACCAACAGAGACAAAAAAACCCAGACAUUUUGAAACUGAUCAUGGGCUAAUAACUGUGUGUGAGGGAGAGGCUGAGACCGGAUGAAGAUGCAAGUGAGGAUGAUGAGAAGGAUCAUUUUGUGAUGAAGUGCUGAUCGAUCUGAGGCAGACAGCUGUGGAACGUCUCUGUGGCGACUGACGCGGACUGUAACUGCAAGUCUUUUGAUCUGGCUGUUCUCAGCAUCGCACUGUUUCAGACCCCAAACACAACACCCCCUCGCUCUGACUAUAAUCUGAGCGACCUGCUUCAUCGUGACUUCACAAUCCAGAGUCCCAGUGCCCUGCUCUGUCCACUUCCAUCUUGUACCCAACGGGGGAACGGGGAGCUCAAGGAAACUGUGUGAACACCAGCAUGACACCACCUGCCUCGCAACUGGACCUUCUUCCUCCCUAAAACCACCCGUCAUCAGUGUAGUCAUCAGGACCCCCCCCCCCCCCCCCCCCCCCCGAACUGUCCAAGCAUGUCCGUGCAGCUCGCAAAACGCAAAAUGCUGCCAGGAGACUGCAUGAAGUGGACAAGCUAGCAGAGCAACAGAGAGGAAGCCUCAUGUGACAGCUGAUGAAAAAAAGAGACUCUUCCUCCCUGACCCUGCUUAUCCUUCUCACUAAGACACGUCAUCAUCAUCAUCAUCAUCAUCAUCAUGAUCAUCAAUCAGAUGUCAUAACUAGAGUUAUUGAGGGAGUUAUCAGUGUGUGCGUGUGUGCGUGUGUGUGUGUGUGUGUUUGUUUGCGUGCGUGUGUGUGUGUGUGUGUGUUCACAAGGCCCUUUCCUCUCCAUUAGACAUUACAGUUUCAAGUCUCAUCUCAGGAUUGUUCGAGGACUGUGAGAAACUGGACUGGACCAAUUAUUGUACGUAGGAAUGUUCUUCGAGCGGCACAUAUAACGGACCAUGCAGGAAUAUUAAAAGGGGUCUUACAGAUAGCCUUGAUGUUCAACUCUAUAUUGCUGGACAUUAGUGUUAUAUAGACGUGCAUAGAGUGUUUUAGCUGCAAUCCAGGUGCAGUAUCCCAUUUCUUGAAAUCACUGUCGCUGCAGCGUCUCCCAUGUACCAUUUUCUAGCAGGAUCAUUUAAAUCUGUCUAUUGCAUAAUGUCCUAAAGAGUCCAAAUUAUCGUCUGUGCUGGAGUGAAUGAAACGGCAAUAAUACGUUGGCACUCAGGUGAGAAAGAAGUCCCUUGCUCAGGUUCCGGCCCGUCUAGCAGGCUAGACACAACACAGUGACUGGUGGCUAGAAGCGAGCAGCAUUUGUCAAACAGUGUAUUGUAGAUGCAAUCUUUUUUUUUAAGUUUCUGAACUCGCCCUCCCAGGGCUCGGUGCUCAAGUUUUAUGUUGGCGAUUGAGAGCAGGAGAGACGUAUCAAAAGCCACUAGAUGGCGACACUUACAAUGACUUAGUUUGCCAUGUGUUGUGCAAAUCAUCCUGGCUUCACUCCUUUUUUUUGUACCCAAGGUAAUUUAUUUCAUGUUUCUCGUGACCAUCCAAAUCCCAGAAUGCCAGCAAUAUUACAUAUUUUUGUCCGGUUGUCCUUUAAAUGGGAUACUGCACCUGUGAGAGCUUUAUUUUUUUACCCCUGUCCAGAGUGUUUGUCUUUCACCCUAAUGAUUUUUGCGGUAGAAGAAAAUAGCGAGCCAGGGUUCAAUGAAAUGCUAAUGAUGUCAAGAAUGCUCAAGUGUGUGCAGACAGAUGAGAUUCUACAUAAGGAAUAAAAGCCAGAGACGAGGCCACAGAGCAAUGAAGCUGCUCUUGGUUUUCAACAGACCUCAUCUCAGUGUUAGUGUAUAUAAACACCUGUAAAUGUAACGUGACCUGUUUUUGUCCUCUCCCUCUUCGACGUGUAUCGCACAGCUCUGACAGAGCCUCGGGGCGCGCGUCACUGAUGACCAGCCGACGAGUCGAAAAACGAGCGGGGAAAGUCAUUAAUCUGCAUCACAUCAGUAUUGAGCACUGCAGGAGGGUGUGGGUCGUACAAACCGAGUAGCACAAGGUGAAUCUCAAACCGCAACGAUGGACAAAUUAAAUUUUUUUGCGUGGAAGCUUUGUAAAGGCUUACACCUGAUACUGAGAACAGCUGCUGCCUUUCCUCAAGCCUCCUUUAACCUUCUUCGUUCUGUUUACAUUCGUGUGAAAUAACCUAGUGUACUGUAACGACUGGGUGAUCUGAUCAAACUGUUAAUAAUGUUGUCUUUCUGGCAUAUAUCCUGUGAAGAAUGAUUUUUGUAAUUUAAUUUAAUUUUGAUUCUUUUCUUCUUCUUUUUUUGUAGCUGGCCUACAUGAUUAUUGACUUAAUUUAUUAUAAAUGACUGAUAAGGUGCAUUGUUCUUUUUAAUUUGAGGCAGCUUUAGAAACGUUGUGACCUGUAAUGUCUCCUGACAAAGGUAUUGUUUAAAGGAAGCACAAAGAACAGGUGUGGGAAGAGGAGAGUAUGUGAGAACAACAGUAUUGUCAUCAUUGAUUCUGUAGGGGACCAUUCGUAAUUUAAUAUAGAUUUUGCAGACUUAACAUCAGUAAUUAGUGACACGGAGUGUUGCUAAAUCAUUUCUUUUUAACUCUCCACAUGGUUUGUGUGGAAUCACCUCUGUUUCCAACCAAAAUCCAGUCAUGUGACUGUCACAGCAGGGUAAAUGAGACUUUAAACCUGGAGGCAUGUGUGAUGCCGAUUUCUGUACUUCUACAUUGAUCCCUUCUGCUCAUUUUAAAUCAAAAAAACUCACAUCUGGAUUUCAGUGCAACUGUUUCUAACUGUGGAGAUCAUGUCGCCUCAUCCCACGUAAUCGAGCAUCUGUUUCUUUGUUACUGUCAUUUCCGACUCCCCACCCUGUUGAAUGGCAUUACGAUCAACCAAUCCUGUCAGUUUCCUGUAAUAUCCAGCGUACGGUGCAAUGAGUAUCUGGGAGAAUAAAAUCAGAGCAAACAACUGCAUGGAAUAAAUGCUGAUGUACUGUACCCGAAA